GCUGGAAGUUAAUUUAGCUGAUUUUAGCCUCGAGGGUUGUGGUAAAAUACCUUUCUCCUGAAUGUUCAAGCGGUUAUAGAAAGUUGUUGUGCACUAUGGGGGAGCAACCAAUCUUCACUUGUAACGCUCAUGUGUUCCACAUAGACCCGAAAACAAAGCGCACAUGGAUAACGGCAAGCUCGAAGGCCAUUGCGGUGAGUUUUUUCUACGACUCGUCCAGAAACUUGUACCGAAUCAUCAGCGUCGAAGGAAGCAAGGCUGUAAUCAACUCCACCAUUACACCGAAUAUGACAUUUACUCAAACAUCACAAAAAUUCGGCCAAUGGAGUGAUGUUCGUGCCAAUACCGUCUAUGGGCUCGGUUUUGCUUCCGAAGCAGAACUUGGCAAGUUCAUAGUGAAAUUCCAAGAGGUCAAGGAAGCCACGAAAGAUGCCCUUAACAAAGCUUCCGCCAAUGGCAACUCGGCUGUGGCCUCGGCGAAUGCCUCGCCCAUCACCGCUCGCGCUUCGGCCAACAGUGGCGAUAUUUUUGAUUCGGGCAAUCUAGAACCACCGCUAGCCCCAGCUAAUACCAUCAAUACGACGACUUGCAAAACCGAUAGCCCUUCGCAUAACAUAAGUGAAACCAAUGCUAACAAUCUGACUAGUGAACUCAAGCAACUGUCAAUUAACAAUUCGUCGUCCAGCGAUGGCACGGUAACAUCGACCACAGAACAGCAGUUGAAGUACGAGAAUGAAAGAUUGAAAUUAGCCCUCGCGCAAAGCUCUGCCAACGCCAAGAAAUGGGAAAUCGAGUUGGCCACUCUAAAAAGCAACAAUCUGAGGCUGACGAGCGCCUUGCAGGAGUCAACGGCCAAUGUGGACGAAUGGAAACGACAGUUGCACUCUUACAAAGAGGAAAAUCAGCGAUUAAAACUGCGUUACCAAGAUAUAGAGGCCGCGGCGAAAGGUGCAGGAACGGCAGCACCGGCCGCAUCGGGCGGUAUUGUCUCAACCGAGCAGACAGAGGAGCUACGGCGGGAGAUUGUUUCCCUCAAGUCCCGCAUCGAGGGUCUGGAAGGCGAUCUCAUGAACCAAGAGGUCGAACUGAAGGCGGCCAAUAAAACGCUCAAAGAAAAGCAGAACGAUCCGAUGCUGAAGCAGAUGACCAAUUUGUGCGGCCAGUUUCAUGCGCAAAUUAGCGAACUCAGUGGCAUUCACAAGGAGAUGGAGAAGCUGAUCCAAGCGCAGCACAAAUCUACUUGAGACACGAGUACGACAAAAGCAACGACC